UCUCUCUCUUUCUGGUAUCAAAGGACAAUGGACAAAAUUAUCUUAGCCUUAUGUUUAGGAGCUGUCAUGGGGGUCAUCAUGGUAAGUGGUCAGUUUCACUUGGGACGUCCUGUUGUUGACAGUCCAGAGGCACGUGCCAUUUUUUCUGCUGCUGAAAGAAACAGAACCCCUGAUGGCUUUCUUACAAAACUAGAACUAGACGAUAUCUUUCAGACUUUUGACCACAACAUGGAUGGUAUUGUGGAUGAACAAGAAUUCAUAUACAUUUGGAGAUCUCGGCAUUUGGGCGACAUCUCGCACGCCAUUACCCUUUUCCAUCAUGCCGAUACAGAUCGCGAUGACGUCAUUUCUAAGGUCCCUGAUCUUACACGCGUUUUCUACUAUUUCGAUCGGGAUCAAGAUGGCAAAGUAAGCGAAGAAGAGUUCGUACAAGUGUGGUUAUCCUUGUCCAUGUAAAAAAAAAGACAAAUCAAUGAACGAUAUAACAAAAUAAAUAGACGAGUGCGAAUUC